AUGUCUCUGUCAGACGAAGACGACCAGGAGGGCACCUCACCAGCAACUGAAUUACCAUUGGAUCAAUCGGAACACUCGACCUUCGACACACUGGGUCUGCGUGCUGAACGCAUCGCUCGCCACUCAACGAUUGCACCCCGCGCUCUGGACAAAGGUGGCAUCGCUGGCGUCGUUGUCGGCGUAUGCGUUGCUGUUUCGCUUGUCUGCCUCUGCUUCUGGCCUUUUAUUAUUCGUCGCAUCAAGGCCAAGAAACAGCAGCACCAGGCCAGCCUUGCGACUUCCGAUGCUGAAGCGAACCACGCCCCCGUGACUGAGACUGCCGCUGGCCAAGAACCACACGCACAUAGGCCGGCCACGCAACACUCUUCAAGAGACUCAUUAUCGCACAAGGAAGACCCAUUUGGCGGCCCUGGUCGACAGUCCAGCAAGGAGCUGGACCUAAAUGCUGACAAUGGUCCGGAGCACCUAAGCCGCGAUGGAACCUCGGCGCUGCAUCAACGCGGGCUUUCAGACCAUCUAGUCGUCGAACGAAACCAAGUUGUCGAAAGGCGUCACUCGGGCACAUCGUUUGGCCAAAAUCCGACAUGGAACUCCCAAGGGCAUGUGCCCAUCACUCCUGGCGGCAUUGAGCUCAUCACUACGCGGGCCGACGGCAUGGAGUACAGUGAUGUGAUUAACGGACAGAGCGCGAGCUACUACAGCCCGACGGAGCCCACUGAGAACUUUGGCAUGGUGACACCGCCGCAAGCCGAUGAAGCGCAGUUCCCGGCGCCGGCGAGGUCCAACUCUCGGACAAGCUCGUUCAAAUAUAACCUCAUGUCCAUGGUGCGCCGGUUAAGCUCGAAAGAUGCCGCCAAGACGCAGACGCCUUCGCCCACGAUGGACUCUUUUGCGGCCCCUCCAUCCAGAACCAUGGGACCCCCAAUUCACCCGCCUCACGGCAUCAUAUCUCAGGACCUCUCUGAAUCACCAAUUACUCACACGCCACCACAGUUCCGUGACUUCAACUACCCCCUAGGCCAGGCUCCUGCAACGGCUCCAGCCCCAGAUUCCUCAGUUGUGCUUCCUGCAGCCCAGGACGACACGAUAGGACAGGCGUGCGCCAAUGCACGUCGUUGA